AUGCAUGGGGAGCCCAUAGAAGAACUGAUGACUGAAAAGGGUGAUCCUAUGCUACUAAUGGGGCUGUUGACGGCUGAUGAGAUGGGAGGCAGUGAAGUCAUGGCAGCUGCUGAAGGUGCAAAUGGGGAUAUGUAUGCGUGUGUAUUUGUGAGAGAAAAUAAAAACAAACCACUCACCUCGACUGUCGCCCAUGAUGAACACCCAGCCCCCGUACGCGAACUGGCGCAGUGUAUCACGCUGGAAUCCCGGGUGCUUGCUCAACUCGAGACCGCGGAUUGA